AUGGGGAAGAGAUGCCGAGGUUCAUCAGACGCUUUCCUUCCACAGAUCACGUUCUUUGAAGAGAAGAAGUUCCAGGGGCCCUGCUACAACUGCAGCAGCGACUGUGCCGACCUGCACACGUACUUCAGCCGAUGCAGCUCCAUCCGAGUGGAGAGCGGUGCCUGGGUGAUCUAUGAAAAGCCCAACUACAAGGGUUUCCAGUAUGUCCUCAGUCCUGGCGAGUAUGCCGACAACCAGCAGUGGAUGGCGUUCAGCGACAGCGUCAAAUCCUGCCGCGCCAUAAAGAAUGCCUACGGUAACGCUUGGAAGCUGAGGCUGUACGAGAGGCCAGACUUUGGAGGGCAGAUGGUGGAGUGCUGUGAUGACUGUCCAUCUGCCUACGAUACCUACAAGGUUCGUGAGGCGUACUCCUGCGUGGUGACCGACGGUGCCUGGGUCUUCUACGACCUCCCCAACUACAGGGGGCACCAGUACUGCGUUGAGCGAGGCGAGUACCGGCAGCACAGCGACUGGGGGGCGGCCUCACCUGGGGUCGCUUCAUUCCGCAGGAUCACAGAGUUUUAGUUCUGGGUCUAAAUCUGGAAGUGUAGCAAGAUGUCUGGACUUCACCAUCAAUAAAUGAAAAGCAAACUG